CUUUGGAACAGGACAAUGCCGCUCUCACAGUGGAAAGACAGCUGGCAGCCGCACCUCUCACAAGUCACUUCUUAACAGCAUGAAACGAGAGCUACGCAUCCUCAAUCGUCUAGAGGUACAACGCUGAUGAUGUGGACACUCCAGAGGAUUCGGACACUAGGGGAGCUUGAAUCUUGGGAGAUGACCACCACAAAGAUCUACUAUUACCAGAGUCCGUGCUGGCUAGCUAGCUACCAGUAGUGCAGAAGCUGCCACCUGUCAAAUCAGAUUUGGUGCAAGAACGUAACUACGGAUGCUACAGCGUAGCAAGCCAGAUAGAGCCAGUGUGGAAAAAUGAUUAUUAGACUGACACGGAAUUGGCGUCAAGCAGCUUGUGCUGUAUUCAAAAACGUCAGCCGUGAAGAAGAUCUUCGUUCUUUCGUGGUGGGGGUUCCGGAACUGACGCCAAGCCGCCUUCUUCCUUCCUUCAUUCAUUCAUUGGAGUUCAUGUGUGCCAAACCCUUGCUGAUUGUUCACUGCAUGUUCGCAAACCUCGAAUCAAUCAGAGAUUAUCUAUUGAGCAGGAAGCUGGCAUAGGCAGGCUGAAUAAUUGUAUCAGUCGCAUCCAAUUGGUAUCUACCGUAUUAUCGUCAUGUUGUUGAAAAGAAGAUGCAAUGAAGGCUCGUUCUGGCGUCCACUCUUGGUGGUGAUUUCCAUUGCCUUUGUGGUGCCAUGUGUCGCCCCAUUUGCCACGGGAGUGGGGGCAUCCUCUUCCACCCCAAGUCCCAGGAAUCCACACAACGCUGCUGCAACUCAAAGCCAACAACAGCAUCAUUAUUUGGCUGCUCGGUCCAUGGCCAGCACGGAUUCUCCUAGCGUAUUACAGCAAGAAGGAAACAGAAAGAGGUUAUCCAUCCGCCAGUUCAUGUCGUUUCUCAAGGGCAAGGACACGCAGCAAUCACCACGGUGGAAAGGAGGCGAAGACGCAGCAUCUCUGCCCUCGCGAUUGCUGUUUCGAUAUGCGUCUCCACUGUUGGAUUUGGCGGGAAAGCGACGCUUGGAGGUAGAUGAUGCUUUUGAAGUUUGCGACGGGCACCGCAUGAAUACCACCGUGUCUUCCUUGGCCAACAUUUAUGGCACGUUGCGAGAAAAAUCCAGACGAAAAAUUGAAAAGCAGCGACAAGCGGGAGUCGACAAGGUCAAGUCAUCGCAAUCACUCAUUUUGACCCAGGCACUGUUUCAGCAUCAACGGAGCAUGUUACUGAGAACCGGUCUCAUGCGGCUAUUGAACACAUGUGUGCAAGCCUAUCCAGCUGUUCUUUUAGCGAGGCUGUUACGUCUGUUGGAAGCGGGAGAUGCAAAUCAUCCUUCCGCGGCAUUUGGAGCAGCUGUAAAUUUGGUGGCAGUUUUGUUGGUGAAAAUGGUGAUUGAGAAUCAGUACUUUCAUUACGUUGUCAGAUGUGCAGCAGAAGUGAGAGGCUCCUUAUCAGGUUUGAUAUUUGACAAAAGUCUACGUUUGCCUGGAGGUGGCAGCAGUGUUACCCACAAGACUGGCAGGAAAAAUGGAAAGAAACGAGCAGAACUUGGAACCGGCGGAGUGUUGAAUCUCAUGCAAUCCGACUCUUCCAUCAUUGAAGGAACCGUCAUGCAGAUCCACACUCUUUGGGAUGCCCCUCUACAGAUCGCAAUCUACACCACACUUCUAUUCCGAUAUCUGGGCCCCUCGGUCCUGUUUGGAAUUGCUGUUCUGGUCAUGACGAUACCCUUGAACAGCUUUACACUUCGAAUCCUCAACCGCCUCGCAAAGUACGAGAAUGAGGCCAAGGAUGCUCGAACCAAACGCACAUCAGAAUCCAUAACGAAUAUGAAACUAUUGAAGCUUCAGGGCUGGGAAGGGCAUUUCGCAGAUGACAUUCGGAAUCAUCGGGCUGACGAGUUGAAACGACACUCGAACAGAGGAGUGGUGAGAGCUUUGAACCAGGCCAUUUCCAAUUCUGUUCCAGCCUUGGUGUUGGUCGUAACCUUGACUGCCUAUGUCAAGACAGGACAGCCGAUCAUUGCCAGCACCAUUUUCACAGCAAUAUCUCUGUUCAAUCAGCUUCGUUUCCCUCUUUUCUUCUACCCCAUGCUGAUUGAUUCACUUGCCAAUGGAAGGAAUGCGAUGAGGCGAAUCUCCAGCUACUUGAGCUCGGAGGAGAUAGUUCCGUACGUGGAACAUUUGCCAGUAAAGGAAAACGGAGGAUCCAUUGAAGUUGUCAAUGGUAAUUUCUUGUGGUCCACUUCCAAACCUGUCAAGGAUGGUGAAGUGGCCGCGCCAACGAAUGCAGCAAUCUACAAUGCCAACCUCCAAGUGAAUCCUGGAGAGAUCGUUGCUGUGGUUGGUUCAGUUGGCUCCGGGAAGAGUGCACUGGUCAAGGCUCUCCUUGGAGAACUCGUACCGGUGCCUCGAGCACUGGUCCAAUCCUCCGUGGCGACCCUCUUGAAAGAUACGCACAAUGCAAACAAUGAUGACUCUUCGGAGGUACUUGACAAACCGACUGUUCGUUCGUAUGGCAAUGUUGCUUACUGUUCGCAAGAAGCAUGGUUGCCCAAGGGGACCAUUCGAGAUGCUGUUGUCUUUGGGAGAGAAUACGACGAAGAGCGAUAUCUCGCAGCAAUUCGCGAUGCAGGUUUGGAUGAAGACAUUGUCGACAACUUGGGCGGAGCAAGUUCCAAAGCUGCCGCUGCCAGUGGCGUUCUCAGUCAUGACACGGACGUGGGAGAAGGUGGAUCGUCCCUCUCGGGAGGUCAGCGGGCUAGGGUGGCACUUGCCCGAGCCCUCUAUGCUGCGGAGGAUACAAAGGUAUUCUUGCUUGAUGAUUGCUUAGCUGCUCUUGAUGCCAGGGUUGGGUCGACAGUCUUUGAACGGAUCAAGAGACGGCUCCAAAGCUCCGGUGCAGCUACAGUUAUGGUGACCAACGACCCGAACCUUCCACGGCGAUGUGAUCGAGUUGUGCUCAUGCAAAAGGUUCCAUCUUCGUCAUCUUGUUCCUAUAUUGAGGACGUAGGGACAUACGAUGAGCUCAUUGCGCGGGGCCACUCUCUUCCCUCUGUUUCUAGUGAAGAUCUGGAGGAUACCGACGACGAAACAUUUGACGAUAUGGAGGAUGAGGAGACCGAGGACUCGUUGGCUGGGGUUCAGAUUGAUCCUCCAAAAAUCAUUAGCCGGAACGGCAGAACGAUUCAAAUCGUUGAUGGCUACGAAAUGGCAUGCAAUUCCACUACUCUCCACUGCCAUGCGGACCCUGAAUGUUCUGCAAUGGCUCUCGAAAAGUGCCCUGAAAUGAUAGCCGAGAAAGGCCUUUCAAUGCGAAUGAAUGAGGACGACGAAGAUGCUGAAGACGGGCUGGACGAAGAAACUCAACAACAAGACAAGCAACAAAACUCGUCCGAAACCUCGUCUUCUAGCGGGAAGACCGCGGAGGCCAACCGCCUACAACCAAAUGAACGGAAAGUCGCUGCUUCAGCCGACGAUAAAAUGUCAUCGGGUGCUGUGCCGAGAUCUGCCUACUUGACAUACUUCAAAUCAGUAAGAAAACCUAUGUUGGUUGUUGCUAUGUUCGCAGCGUACGGAAUGUCGAAUGGCGCCCAAUUCUUUCAACAAUACAUUGUGGCAAAAUGGACCGAGGUGGGGAGAGGUGACUCUAUGGCCGCUGCCAUGGGAACAAAAUACCUGGGGAUGCUUGUGAAUGCAGCCGGUGUGGUGUCAGCUUCGCUUUUCUUGCGGAGUAUCUUUCUGAUGAGAGUUGGGGUGCGGGCUUCCGAGUUCUUGCACAGCAGACUGCUGAGUUCCGUAUUCAGAGCUCCAAUGUCGUUCUUCGAUGCUACACCUUCCGGCCAAUUGCUCUCAAGGUUUGGCAAAGAGACGGAGACAAUUGAUCGUGGAAUCCCUGAUUCAUUUUCUAGUGUGCUAUUCUGUUUCCUGCAAAUUUUCAUGUCAGUAGCGGCCCUUGCAUCAGUGGUGACACCGGGUAUGGUUUUACCCUUGGCUGUUGUUGGAGCCUUGUACGUCAAAACAAUGGGAAGAUUCCGCCCUGGAGCACGCGAAUUGAAAAGACUCGAGACGAAAACUCGAUCACCAAUCUACACUCAUUUCGGAGAGGCACUCCGCGGCACGGAAACCAUCAGAUCAAUUCCAGGAGGAGGGCUCUUCUGGUCCUCUACUCAUCGCAACUUCACCGACACGAACCUCCGUUCAUUCUAUUCUGUGAAGGCGCUUGACAGGUGGCUGUCUUGUCGACUGGAAACGCUGGGAAACACUGUUGUCUUCACCGCGGCCAUAGCAUCUGUGUGGUUGACUCGACUGGGGCGUUUGAACACUGGAAAUGCUGCAUGGGGCCUAACGCAAUCUCUAACAAUCACCGGCCUUUUGACGUGGGCUGUUCGUUGCCUGACAGAUCUUGAAACGAACAUGAUGAGUUUAGUGCGGGUUAAAGAGCUCACGGACAUCGAGAGUGAGGAAAUUGAUCUCAAAGGAGCAAACCAAGGAAAGCGAAGUAAAAUGCCGAGGGAGAACUUACGGGCAGGUGAAGGACUGGAAUCUUUGCUGCACUCGUCAAUCAAUGCACCCAAUAUUACGAGUGCUCCUACAACUGACGAAGGCCUGAAAGGUUGGCCGUGGCAAGGUGACAUUCGAAUGCACAAUGUCUCCAUGAGAUACAACGAACUGUCGUCGCUUGUGUUGAAAGGAAUCACGCUGGACAUCCCCCGAGGGACUACCCUGGGCGUAGUUGGAAGGUCUGGGUCAGGAAAGAGUUCUUUGCUCUUGACGCUGUUCCGGUUAGUGGAAAUCGAGGGUGGCGGGAAGAUUGAAAUUGAUGGGGUUGACAUUCGUUCAGUCUCCCUGCAAAAGCUUCGUGGUGGAAAGGUAUUGGCGGUGAUAGCCCAAGAUCCUGUUUUAUUUGCGGGUUCGGUUGCGUACAAUCUGGACGCAACGGGCAAAGCAUCGGAAGAGGACAUGUGGAAUGCCCUUGAAGCCGCUUCCCCUAGCUUAGCGAAACAGUUCCGUUCUGACAAUGGGCUUGAAACUACAAUCACAGAGGGGGGCAAGAACUUGAGUCAAGGGCAACGGCAACUUCUGUGUUUAGCCCGGGCGCUCCUUCGGCGCAGUCGAAUAUUGGUAUUGGAUGAAGCCACUGCCAGCGUCGAUCCACAGACUGAUCAAGAGGUGCAAGAGACGAUUCGAAGAGAGUUUGUUGACAAGGGGAUCAGCGUGAUUACAGUGGCCCACCGGCUAGAAACCGUGCUUGGAUACGACAAGAUUGCUGUUCUAGGUGAUGGGGAGCUGGUGGAGUAUGGAACUCCAAAAGAGCUAUUACAAAUUCGGAACGGAGAACUUCGUCGCUUGGUCGAUGCAGAUCGAUUAAGCCAGCAUAAGGGCAGUGCCAAGAAGAGCUCUGAAGCUAUCAUGGUGUAACUCUACUUUAACCUAUCUUUACAGCUACUGCUGUCAUACCGGUACGUCUCAAGGACUCGACUCCUGCGUCUCGGUAGAGCCGAUAUUUUGAGCUAGAUCUAGUCGGCAUAUUUUGGGUCCCAUACCCAAAGAUUCAUCAACCAUUUCUCGCCCUCCCUUGGCGGGAGUGCUGCAUGCUGGCUGAAAUCAUCAAGAUUCCCAUCCGGCAGCUGGGAGUAGAACAGUACAGCCUAAAAGGAUGUAGACACCACGGUAAGGAAUUUGUGGCAAGCAACAAAUGCACGAAAGCUCGGACCAAGUUCUCGUACCUUCCCUUCCUGGGGAUUCACCCUUAGUUGGUCAAAUGACUCUGCAUUGGACCACCGUGGGAAUGUCGUCUCUCUUCGAGAUGCAGGUAAAUCGAAAAUCAGCGUGGCAAAUCUGGUAGCCUGCGUGAACCGUUUGUCCUUGUUUGGGUCAUCAAGGUCCUGUUCGGCGAGAGGAAAGAGUUCACCCGUGCAUGCGUGAGCGACAGAAUGCGGAUUGUGAAGUGUCUGCAACUUGUGUGUGUACUACACUCACUGAGAAUCCAAAAUCAUGAUGUGCAGUGUACUUCUGCCCUGGAUCGUAAUGCACGAGCUGCAAGCUCUCGGCCAGGGAUCCCGAAGUCGGCCAGUCUGAAUACUCAUCUGGCCCUCGGUCUCGAAGCAAAGCCUCGUCAAUCCUCAUCAGGUCCGCCGCCCUUCGAUAGAUUGCUUUGAAGAAAGAGUGAGUCGAGAGCUUCAUCCACGUAUCAGCUAAAUGCUCAAACGCUCCAACAACAACAACGCCUUACCAUCAAAGAUUGGAGACGUCUCUCGUGAAAUCCACGAAUUCAGCGAUGUCCGAGUGUCUGAUAUGGAGCUGUCUUCAAUUGACUUGUCUUGACCCUUUCCAAUGUCACCUAACAUUUUCACAAAGGCAAUUGAGUUAGAGUGGGCCUGCAUUCUCCACCAGUUCGAUAGCAAUCGACCAAGCUAUAUUGUUCUGUCCUUACCAAUGCUGGAUCGUCCCAAUGUAAUUGCACCAGCAGUUUGUAGAAUGUGGUCUACCUCUGUCGGGGAGAGAAAGUCUGGGAGAGAAAAGAGAAGAUCAGUUGAUUGAAAUCUUCCUUGGCAAAAGUGUCGUGGGCUCCCUUCUUCUGACUCGACUCACUAGAAAUUUCAAACACACGAGGUGCCACAGACAGCACUUUGAGUGUCAUGUUCAAUUUUGUUUGUCCAGGUGUUCGGUAUUCCGAAAGAAGACGAGGCUGCGACUCUUCCAUAAUGCGUUCCGAGCCCACGUCUUCGAUGCGUGUGAGCACUUCUUGCGGUGGAACUUGUUCAAAAUGUGUCUCUCUGGUUUCUACCCAAUGUUCUUGGCCAAAGUAAUCGGCCCUCCAGAUGUGAUGCAGAGGCCGGUUGCGAAGGUAGUUGGCAAUAUAGGCUCUUCCUGUGAACUCCAAGUACUGGUCACUAAAGUUGAGUGUAUCCAACCAUUGAAUGUAUUUGUCGUAUUCUUCUUCAUUGAGUUCCUUUUGCAAGACAUCGUCCGUGGCUUCUGGAUCGUCCUCUACAAAAUAUGGAUCGUACGCAUAAUUGUUGUUUGGGUGUUCCUCGAUAUAAACACGCUCCAGGAUAUUCUUAUCGGCGUCUGCAAAGACAAAUAUGUGCCCUGGAUGGGAUGCUGUGCCGGUGGCAGAAAACGGUUCCAACAUCUCAAUGGCAGCAAGCUCGCCUCCUUCAUAGGGCUCCCUGAAAGUUUUAAUGAAGUAAAAGCAAGCAGAAACAGAAAAGCUCAGACACCAGAAAGAAAGAAAGAAAGAAAUGACAUCACGGGUCCUUCAUCACUCGAACAUCUGUCUUGACUCACCAAU